UGUCUGCCCCGGUUGUCAAGGCGCUCGCUCUCAGUCUGUGACUUCUCCUCGUUGCGGCCGGACGGUGACAGCUCGGAUCAGAUCUGAGCUCUCCCAUUUCUCGGAUUCAGCGAUUUCCCCUUUCCCUCCCGCCUGUUUGGAUUUUUCUAUGUUUCGGUGUCAGUGACGGACUCCCGGGCAGCUCACGGCGUUAAUCAGCGUGCUGAACCCUGCAUGCUUUGACACUGCCACUGCAGACGGAAAGACAGACAGACAGACAGGCUGGCUGGCUGGCUGGUAGACGCCAAAAAGAAAACUUGAGUGGACACGUAAACAGUCAGGAGGACAGAGGAAGAAGGACACCUCUUGUGGAGCGGCGGCCAGAGUGACGGAGGAGCACAUGAGGAGCGGAAACGACGUGACAUCAACAUCCUGACCGGUAACCUCGCUUCUGCACCCCGCCCCCCCACCGCGCGCCCAGCAACUCCAGACGCGGGCGUCAGCAGGAAAGGGAACAAGUGGCCACUUCUCCUGCCGGCAUGAGGUCCUUCCGUUCCUUUAGCAACGAUGACCGCCACGUCAUGGCGAAGCACUCCACCAUCUACCCCUCCUCUCAGGAGCUAGAGGCAGUCCAGACGCUGGUGUCGACUGUGGAGUGCGCCCUCAAACAUGUCUCUGACUGGCUGGAUCAGAGCAGCGGCGAUCUCCACAACCAGUUCGAGAGUCAACCGGCAGACAGCACAGAGGACGACCCUGGCGACGAGCCCGGCGCCGAGACUGGGGACUCCAGCGAGUGCUACAGGGAUUCCAGCAGUGGUGGCGUGCUGUGUGGAGUGAUGAGGAUCGGCCUGGUGGCGAAAGGACUCCUGAUCAAAGGCGACAUGGACCUGGAGCUGGUGCUGAUGUGCAGAGACAAACCCACGCAGACACUGCUGGACACUGUCUGUCUCAAUCUACCCACACAGAUCGAGAAGCUGACGGAAGAGAAAUACGAGGUCACGAGCUCCCCGCCCGAGGCGGCCAUCUUGGUACAAACAACAACACAGCCUAAACUCACACUGAAGAUCACCCUCACCUCACCGGCCAUGAGGGAAGACGAGGACGAGGAGGAAGAAGUGGCGGAGGAAGCGGAGGAGGCGGAGGAGGAGGGGGAGGAGGAGGAGCUGGAGGAGCUGGAGAACGGGGAGGAAGCGGGGGAGGUGGGGGAGGAAGUGGAGGAAGAACAAGAGGAGCAGGAAACAGAGAACGGCCCAGUGUUGGGUGCUGCUGCGCAGAGAGUGGAGGCUGAGGAGGAGGAGGAGGAGGAGGAGGAGGAGGAGGAGGGGGAGGUGCUGGAUAGACACAGAUGUCUGUUGGCCCUGGCAGCGCUGCGACACGCCAAGUGGUUCCAGGCUCGAGUGAACGGACUCAAGUCCUGCGUUAUCGUUCUCAGGAUACUAAGAGACAUGUGCAAUAGACACUCAGUCUGGGAGCCCCUCAAGGGAUGGCCGUUAGAGCUCAUCUGUGAGAAGGCCAUCGCCACCUGCAACAGACCUCUCGGGGCAGGAGAAGCGCUGCGUCGAGUAAUGGAGUGUCUGGCCUCAGGCAUACUGCUACCAGGUGGUCCAGGUUUACACGACCCAUGUGAGAAAGAGCCAACGAACACGCUAGCCGACAUGACCGACCAGCAGGCUGAGGCCAUUACCUACAGCGCACAGCAUGCUCUCAGGCUCAUGGCGUUCGGACAGAUCUACAAGGUGUUAGAGAUGGAGCCCCUCCCCUCAAACAAAGCGUCGCAGAAGUAUCCGUGGUCCGACAAAGACGGCUUAGGUCUGAAGAGGCCAUAUGAGGAUGGAGGGAUGGAUGACAAGGACCUCAUCAAGAAAAUGAAGAGGAAUCUGAGGAAAGUCCUGGAUAGUAAAGCCAUAGACUCCAAUCAGCCAAUGAACGCCCUGAUGCGGUUGAACCAGAUCCGACCGGGGCUGCAGUACCGCCUGCUGUCCCAGUCGGGGCCGGUUCACGCUCCGGUCUUCACCAUGUCCGUCGACCUGGACGGAACCAUUUACGAAGCGUCUGGAUCCUCCAAGAAGACCGCCAAGCUCCACGUCGCCGUCAAGGUUCUCCAGGCAAUGGGCUACCCGACAGGUUUCGACUCAGACCUGGAUCCCAUGAGUUCAGACGAGAAGUCGGACGGCGAGGGGAAGAGCGAAACGUCCUCGCACACAAGCAAUAACCCGACACACUCCUCAGACAGUUCCAACACGCUGGAGGUGCGAACUCAGGGUCCCAUACUGACGGCGAGCGGAAAGAAUCCCGUCAUGGAGCUAAACGAGAAGAGACGAGGCCUCAAAUACGAGCUCAUCUCUGAAAGCGGAGGCAGCCACGACAAACGCUUUGUCAUGGAGGUGGAGGUUGAUGGGCAGAAGUUUCGUGGGGCAGGCCCCAACAAAAAGGUAGCAAAGGCCAGCGCCGCUCUAGCAGCUCUGGAAAAGCUCUUCUCUGGUCCCAACGCAGCUGCAAACAAGAAGAAGAAGAUAUUGCCUCAGACUAAAGGAGCCCUGGCUGCAGCAGCAGCAGCCUCAGCAGUAGCAGCUCAGGUAGCCAGAGGAAGAGGAAGAGCAGCCCUCGCCAGGGGAGCCUUCGUCAGUGCAGCUGCACCGGGAUAUGUCACACCAGGCUUUGGGACGCCGUACGGCUACAGCCCCGCUGCUGCAGCAGCUGCUCCCGCGUACGGUGGACUUUUCAUCGAUAAUCCUUUCUACCAGCCGCGCACCAUCGCUCCUUUCAUCAUUCAUCUGGGUCCGCAGGAUCUCUUCUCUGACUUCUAGAGGCGGCAGGUUGUCGGAUACACUCCUCACACUUAACCUGUCUGCACACACAGGACACCUGGCUGCACACAUGUCCACCUGUCUGUCUGUCUGUCUCUCCGCCCGCCCGCCCGCCUGUCCGUCUGUCCGAGAGCGGGCUGCCUUUCUAUCCCGGCUGACAACAGCCUGACUCGAAUGGGCUGGAGAAACUUUCUGCGUGACAACAAAAGGCAUAAAAUUACCUGACCUACUGACCGAGAGGCACAGAGCUCCUCUCUCCAUCUCCUCCCAGAUUAGAGGAGAGUACCUUUACACAAAGCAAUACACGGAUUUUACGAGAAGCGUUCAGCUGUGACUGCGCGUGGCCGGGGCUGAACUUUGGUCUUUCUUAUAGCAAUACACCCGAACUCCUCUCUUUGAGCUUACUUUACUUGAGAAGAUGUGAAUGUUCCGACGGAGUUUUACCCAACACAGCAUCGCAAUAGCUCAUUUUGAUUGUAUAUUCAUUGUAUGUGUGUGUACGUGUGGCUAUAACAUGACUAUAUACACAUAUAUGUGCGGUGUAUUUCUAUAACGACGUGUUGACAAUAAUAUUAAUAUAUGACGAUGUACUUAUGUAAAUACUCUAUAAAAUAUAACUAUUGUUGUUAUAAAUUAUUUUAGAAUUAUAAAGUGAAAUGUAACUGUUAUAUCACAGUAUAGCUUUCUUCCAAUUUUAUAUACACUGAGCAAUCGAAGCUAGUUCUAGGAGAUGCAAUAUUAUCUUUGGUAUUCCUAUUAACCUGUGCUGUUAGAAUAAUAAUGCUUCCUUCUUUCCUUCCUUCCUUCCUCCUCCUCCUCCUCCUCUAUCUUUGAUGUCUUUCUGAGCCUUUUCUGAGCUCUCUGCCCAGGGUUUGUGUACAAGGCCCCGGACCGGAGGUGCUCGCCACAUUCAUAACCCAAUCACACACACACACUCUUUCCUGUCAGAAAGCACAUUUUCUAUAGUCUCACUGCUGGCAGAGAAUGCAGCUGUUACAAAUACAGUGUGUGCAUGUGUGUGUGUGUGUGUGCACAUGCUCUGAUGUACGCGCUCCUCCCUCCCGCCAUUGAUGAACCCGUAACCUUCAACGCAACAAUCAAUGGCUCCGUCCCGCCCGCCUUACAGGGACUAAAAAGCACAGUUACUGGCAACCAUUACACGUCACCUCUGUGCGGCUACUCUCUGGCACAAACCGCUUUUUGUCAAAGGACCUCGGUGUAAAAGGGAAAGAUGUAAAAAUAGGACCCUGUUUGUCAUCGUAAAGGGGAAGCCAUUAGAGACUUGUGCUACAUUAAAUAAAAAAUGAAAUAUCUUAUGAAGCUACAGAAGUUGGAUUGGGGCCGCGUAAUCACAGUGAUCAUGAACUUUUUGAGAUCAAAACAUCUUGUGGAUAACUAUACUAUACUAUAGUGUUGUGAGUUUAAGCCGUGCUAUAGCAAAUAUUCAGUUUCUGUAUGUGCUAAUUCAGCUAAUAGAUUAGAUGCUCCAUUAAACUCCCAUUAGAGUGCUUUUUUCUGAUAGUAUUUCGAUCUAAUUUCGGAGGCAUCAGCAGGUGUGAAUUUAGCAGCACGCGUGACAUUUCAUUGUCUCUCCGCUGCUUUCUGAAAGCACUCCUCCCCCCGUUGCUAUUUCUUUAUUUUCAGCCUUUAAUAGAGACGAGGCGUCAGUCAGCGGAGGCAAAAAGCGAACGCGAUGAGAAGGCUUUGAUUCUCCUCGGGCUCGCCUUGAUCUGGACUCCGGUUUGAUCUCUCGUGUUUCCGCCGGCUUUGAAGCCAACAAAACCCAAUACACAGGUCGAUGGACACACGGGGGUCAGUGUUUCAACAUGUAAAGUCAAAAGAGGGAGGGACUUUGUGACAACGCUGAGCUGAUAAUGAAAAAUAAUUUCUUAACUUUGGUGAAGACUUAGAAGGCGAUUGAGGGUAAAUUGAAGGAUGACACUGGUUUCCUAUGAUCCGUCUACAAAGCCUCUGUUAUACUGUCAUCUAACCUUUGUUCACUGGCUUUUUGAAAGCUAAUGAGUCUCAGGCUGCCAUUCAGUAUCCUGGAAGCCUGGAAAAUCUAUGAGCUAAUUCUUAUACACAUACGUGAUCAGCCACAACAUUAAAACCAAUGAUAACAUUAAUAAUCUUGUUGCAAUCUAGUGUUCUGCUGAGAAAUCAGGUCCUGGUAUUCACAUAGAUGUCAUUUAGACAUUAAAUGUCAUUAAAUGACAUUGACUUUCCACACACACACAAAACGCUUGGACAGUGCAAGGUGUUGACCUGGCCUCCAAUUCACUAGAUCCCAAACUGAUCAAGUAUCUGUGCGAUGUGCUGGAACAAUCCUGAUCCCCAGAGGCCCCAAAGGGUCCUGUGUCCUGGAACCAGACAUGAUAGGACACCCUCAGAAGGCCUGAACUUUGUUGGAGGCGAAAUGGAGACCUAAACAAUCAGUGGUUUUAAUGUUGUGGUUGAUGACUGUAUUGUCUGGAUGGAAGAGUAAAUAAGAUCAUCAUCUUACUUCUCUGAGCAUUAAGUUCAGAUACAAACAAAAGAUACUAGCUCUUGGCUCUUUAAGACCUUUUAGAUAAAAACCUUUUCUCUAAUUUCCUUGAUUGUGGAUCUUUGUGGUGCACGACAGUUUUCCAUCAACUACCAGAGCAGUUCUAGUUUUCACUUGUCUCCAAACCAAAUUUCAAACGCUUCGCUCAGACUUUUCGUUCCCUUGAAGAAUUCACGUGGAGGUGAAUAACUUAGAGCUUGACUGUCAGCUGAGAGUUUCUCCUGAAAAACCCCCUCCUUCUGCUCCGUCCCCACCUCUCCCCGUCCUCUCCUCCAGAUGGCCCACAUUAAUAAGGCAGACAGUCAUACCUCGCCGUGCGACCUUUUCAUUUCCCCUCAGACUGAGGAGGAGUCGCCCCGGCUGCUGACCCCGUCCUCUCGGCCCGUCGGUCGGAGGACGGGCAGGGUCUAAAACGGACACCGGAGGUCUGGCGGGAACGCGCGGGAGUGGGGCUCAUCGGCAGCCACAGACGGUGUUAAUUUACUGGAGUGUUGUCGUCUCCUUGUUAGGCAGAAGUCCCAGAUGUGUUCCCCGGGAGGGUUUGCAGUGAAACGAGAUGGAAUAUAAAAUGCCACUGUCUCAGAGACCAAUUUGCUUCCCCCUUGUUAUCUAACAGAGAUGAGGAAUCAGAGGUUUGAUUUAAAAAAAAAAUUAACCCAAAUAUCUGUUUGUGGUCAAGUAAAUAUUUGAUGAUGAGUUAGAGGAAAAUGUAAAGUCUGCUGAACAAACUAAUGCAAACUAAUGCAAGGCCCACUUAUUAAUGGAAAGUUCUGUUUCCUUGUAGGCCAUGGAAGACAGUGGUGGACUUGAGUCUGGUUAAUGGAUGUCGUUGCUGCUCCAAAUAUCUCAGAGAUAUAUAUUACUACAAACCAAUAAAGAGUGGCAGCCAUUUUACACACUCACCACUCUGCAUCUAUAGUUUUACAGGCACUGCCUCCCCGGGCUAGGCGGAGGUGGGGGCUUUCAACAUCUAAGAAGCACAAAAUUCCGCACGAGCAAUACACCCACGCAUCGUACUCAGGGCUACCUGACACACACACACACACAUAUGCAAACAGACAUGCAAGCACACACGUAAACACAUGUGUAUAUUUCACCAUAUUUCAGCCAAGCACACCGAGACGACAUGACCAUUGGCUCCGUGUAUAUUUGUGUACAGCGCCGAAGUGGUUGGAUCACUGAUUUAGGAUUUGAGCCAUGUGUAGCUGAUGGAAACCACUUGUCGUCGUGGUGCUUUGUGACGGGCCGCCUGUAGUGCUGCACGUAACCGAUCUCACUUUUACGUCGGCUUUAUCAAGAGGGAGGAGCGCCGACAUCUGAAAAACUUUACUGGCAACUACCGCUGCAAUGUGUUCGCUAGCUUAAGAGUGUUGAGUGGUUUUGUUGCCCGGUAACUUCAGGGUCUAUUUGGAGCCCGGUUUCCCAGUGGCACCUCUUCAUCUCUCAGCCAGGUCAGGGCUCAAGAAGGAAAGCAGACGAUGCAGAGAUGCCUGUGGGAACGUUUUUUUUGUCAGCAGAAUGGGAUUCGUCCAGACACCAAAGACUCUGAAGCCUUUGUUGCACAAAUCUGAUCAUGCCGCAUCUGAUAUUCACCGUCUAGACAGUUAUGAAAUGUCAGGUUAAAAUAAAAAAAAAUGUAAAAAUCCAGGCUGCCUGUUGCUGUUGCGGUAACAGAGAAAGUUGGGGUUUAAGUUUGAGGAAAACGAGUCGCUCUGAGGCCUGCGGCGCAGCAGAAAUAGAUCCUGGAUCACGUUUCCACCGCCGAGGCAAACUUAACUAGACUAACUGCUGAACAGGUCGUUUUCUCUGGGUGUGCAUUUGUGUCGGAGGGUGGGGGCAGCGAGGUGACUAUAACGCACAUGCACACACACACACAAUAUUGCGGUCACAUUUAGCAUGUUGUUGCAUACUUCCUGGUCAUGGUUCACUGAUUGUUAACAUCCUCCUGAUAAAUGAUCAAAGCAUUUUGGUUGGGAAUGUACACUGUCGUUCUAGUGAUUGUAGAGUAGAAUGUAUUUACUCAUAGACAGAGUAAACUUGCUUUUUUGUAGAGAAGCAUAUAUACAGAAUAUAUAUGGAUAAAUACAUAUAUAUACAUCUAUAUAUCUUUUGGAUUACUCGUGUGUGAGGGUUGAUUUUGGGCGCAUCUACACUUCUAGGAUUCAUACUCUUUCUUCCCCCCUUUUUUUAUUUUUAUUAACAAUGUUUUAAGAAAAGUCUUAUGAGUGACGAGUGUUUUCCUGUAAAUAUGAUUUAUUUUUUAUUUUUGACAAAAAGGGGAUUCAAAAGAUCAACUGUUUUACGAUGCUGCCUAUUAUGACAUUACGAAGUGAUAACCUGUUCACAGAAUCUAUCUGGUCCGUUCAAUUAUCUAAGUGAAAUUUUGUGACAUGUAACGGGGUCGUGCUUAACGGAGGCCGACGAACGACAAACGACGAGGGGUAAUCUGAACUUGCUGUGUUGGCCGUUUUGAUUAGUAGCAACAUUGGCUGCAGCGAUGAUCUGCUGCUCGUGACAUAACCUAUGCUUGGCGAACUGAAAAUAAAACUGAGGAAGUGCUGAAUGGA